UCAACGACUUUGCGCCGUUUCCUGCAAUUGUGCCCUCAAAGCCGAAGAGGUGGUCACUCCACAAAUUGCUAGCCGUUCAUUCGGCCAGCAAUCCCACGCCUCUCGGAUUGAAGCUAACGUGCUCUGGCGAAAGAGAACGGGGCACAAAGUCUCGCGAGUGUACAAGUGGCUUCCCGCUAUGCUUGCUCGAUAUGGGCUCAAGCAACGACAUUGGGGGAAAGAUGAGGGCCUGUCCGGUGUACUGCCUUACCAGGCUCUACAGGCGUCUGUAUAAAGCCAGUCGUGCGUCCACUCUACAUAUCGUGAGCAAUUGAGUCAGGAAGUCACGGUAACUCCUUUUCCCAACAUGAAGCUCGUCUCGGCCAUUCUCCUUUCCGGCUCUUCGCUUUCUAUCGCAGCAGUCCUUUUGGAAGCAAGACAGGCAUGCUACCAAGACAACUGCCUUCGAGCUGUCAAUGGCACGAGGCGCGGACCGAGCCAUCCCGUCACAGCCCUGGGCGACUGUGCCAAAUAUAUGACGACUACUGUCGUUGUCGACCCCAUCAUUACCACCAGUACCGUCACAACUUCGUUUACCCAGACAAUCAAUCCGCCUUGCCCAACAAUCCCAACUGACUCCUCCGUGACCCUCUCUACUGCCACACCUAUUCCUGCAUUCGCAAUGGAAAAGAAGGUCAAACCUCGGCAAGAGGUUACCACUUCCUUCGAGAGCACCCAUGGCACAGUGCCGUAUUAUGCCACCAGUGCUUGCACCGAUGAGCAUUACUCAAGCGCAUGCUCCUGCAUUGGCGUCUCCUCAGCGCUCGUCACUUCAACGAGCGCGACAAUUACUCGGACCGAGACGACCACAAUCACAUUCUCGUCUGUUGCUUCUUGCACAACGGCGGCCCCUUCAAACACCACGACGUCAGUUCCUUCAAAUUCGACGACAUCGGGCACGGGGACGACCACCACUUUUACUAUUACUAUGACCCUAAAUUCUACAACAUCGAUGACAACGAUAACCAUGAGCUCGGAGCCGGGCACUGGAACAGGAACGGGUACCGGAACUGGCACCAUUUCGUCGGGCACCUCUUAUUCGACGACUAGUGGCACAACAACUACGCAGUCGCCUACUCCACCCUACACCAACACCACGGCAACAUCAAUGACCAGCAAUUCCACUUCCAGUCUGCCCUCAACCUCCUUCAACGCAACUACCACGGCCGGGCCUACAAAUACCACCUCGACAGCUGGGCCUACGAAUACCACCUCGGACUCUCCCACACCCACGCCUCCGCUGUGCACUGGACCCGGUGUUGAUCUUUGCGAUAGUGCCUGCGUCGAUCUCAGAACCGACAUCCAGAACUGCGGUGCCUGCAGCAAUCGAUGCGCCGCAGGCUUCGAUUGCACCAACGGCGUCUGCACUCGUCCACCAUGUGAUUCCUCCUGCCAGUUCUCAAGAAGCUGCGCCGGUAGCAACGGUACGGAGUUUUGCGUCUGUGGCCUAGAAACUGGUGGUGCCGGAGUCUGCUUCAACAGAGAGAUAGAUUGCGCUAGUACGCCGAGCUGCAGCGAGACCGCCGAUUGCGACGUCGGCUUUGUGUGCAUUCCCGGCGGUGGGACUUGCUGUGACGGCGGACGCUGCGUUGGCACAGGGGGCUGUGGGUCUUCCGGGGGCUCUCUGGAACUUGGCGCUAUGAAGAAGUUUGGAAGAGUCGGAGAUAAAGUUUUCAACUUUGGCUUGUGAGCGAUGAGUGGUGGAGCAUGCUGGCGGAUUGGAGCUGGGGCAUUUUGAUGGACGGGAGCCAUUUUGCAGAUGCAUAACAUUGCCUAGAUUCACUUCUUGAAAUGGAAACGUGUUAGGGUUCUCCCAG